AUGUCGUUGAUGUCCCAUAAUAAUUCGACCGUAGUGGUCACUAGCCACCCACGCAUACGCGGAGAAGGUAGCGCCGGUGACAAUGCAGGUGCUGAGCCUACUGGUGAAGAGGUGCGCCAGAUUGGGCGCGCUGGUCAGGUCACUCCGCAGGUCCUUCUUCGCGACCCGCGGCGGCAGGAGCGGCCCCUAGACGGUACGCAUCCGCUCGCUGGUCUUCCCAAGUCUAUCACGGACGACAACACUACACAGGUGUCGUCGUCAAGUGGCUCUGGCAAGCCGCCGAGCCUGGACGGCAAAAGCGUGACUUCGGCCACGACGUUCGCAUUGGACGAGAAAGAGUCUCUCCGCCCGGAUGACAGUGCUAGUGCGAGGGCUAUCGAAGAGGAAGACGUGUUCUCAGCGCCCGGUUCGGUUGUCGCAGGAUCAAGAGUUGGAUCAGAUUGUGGAGUGAAAGCUUUUCGCGAUCAGCUGCAAGAGAUACCUGUCAUGGGUCCCUUCACUCCGCGCCCGGCUGUGGUCAAUAGGUUCCAAUCGCCUGCGGUUGCCAAUGGGGCAGCGGGUUUCGGAACGGCCUCUCCUACCGGCUCUGUCUCUGUCUUUGGACCACGUCUAGCCAACGACAGUCCGCAGAUUGUCGUUCCAGAGAUCGGACAACCCGCACCAGAUGAGAAGCUGCUCGAAGCUCUCGAGUCUCCCAGGGAUAGGCUGUUUGUGCUGAAAACAGAGCAGGACAUCAUUGAUUUCGUGAACGACUCAAAAAACACUUCUACCGAUUUGCCUCAGUGUAACGCUUUCUAUAGAAUGUUGACCCACCGAUUGGCCGACUACUAUGACCUCGGUCACGUGCUAGAUGAUUCUCUCAGCGCUGUGCGGAUCUUCAAGCAAACGACGAUAGCCAGACUGCCCCCUCCGUUGUCUGGUAUAUCGAAUCCGCCCACUGGUGCAAACACCCCCCCUAACCUCCAGCCAGCACGCAAGAUUAUGCGUCGAGGAGAUGGAGGAAAGAAUGCUUCCGGCGUCAAUACAUCUACCAAUUCCGAAGGAGCGUCAAAGGCCACAUCCGAGGCGGAAGGUAGUGACGGUGGCGAGGGUGAGGGCAAGAGCAAGGCUGCGCUCACCCGUCAAGAGCGGGAAGCCAAGUAUAACGAGGCUAGACUGCGCAUCUUCGGCAACGUGGAGGAAACGAAGGCGGAUGGAGAGAUUGCUGCAGAAGAGAAGGACAGAGAUAAAGAUGCGUCACGCUCAAGCUCCGCUUCUGGCAAGAAGAAGGGCAAGAAGCAGCGUGGCAACAACGAUGACGGUUUUGAAGCCCGAUCACAGUUCGUUUCGUACUACGGUCCCUCCCAAGCUGCUGCCGGAUAUUCCGAAGAGGACAUGUACUACGGGACUUAUCCCGCCAUGAUGCCACCAGCUCAGUACCCAGCCAUGCCUUCAAAUGCGUCGCCGCCGAUAGCCUACAACGGUACUUUCCCCUACAUGGCCCAGCAGGGUGCUCAGCGACAAUACUGCUGGCCACAGAACUACACUGCCGGUACGCCAGUCAUUGGUGGCCAGAGCUACUCGCCACCAGCCCAGUAUGAUCUAUCUGCCAGCUUCCAAACUGCGAUGCAGUCAUUCCAGAUGGUGAACACACCCCCUCAAGGAUCAGCCAAGAUGACAAUGCCUUCUCCGCCGCUGGCAAAUUACCCUGCCUUUCAACCUCAAUCGCAGCCCCUUCAACCAUCCUGGGCGCAGCCUCAGUACCAAAACGCUUAUCAGCUGCCUCAGAUGCAAUACCCGCAAAUGGGCUACACUGAUCCGUCCGGCAUGCCCACCAACCAGGGACAACUCCAGCAGCAGCAGCAGCAGCAGCAGCACAUGUACGGCCAGUAUCCCACCUCUCCCUAUCAGAACGGAAAGCCGCCGCGCAAUUCCCAGCACCCGCUCCCUGGAAGCUACAAUCGUCAGCAGUUCAACCCACAGAGCCAAGCCUUUGUCCCCGGCGGCCGCGCAGGCCCGGCACCAAUGCACGGCACGAUCCCAAUAGGCUCGCCAAGCAUGAGUGGCUACUCCAACUUCCCCCUCCAAAUGUCUCCCCAACUCCCGCGCCAGAGCCCUGCGACCCCCCAGCUUCCCUCUUUCAGCUCCAACCGUGCCACCCAAAGCACCAACAAUGGCAGCGCUCCCAAAGGCACCGCUGGCACCGCUCAGCCGUUCUCGCACCCCCUUCCCCAGCCUCUCGCGCAGAAGUCACCGAAGCCUGCAACGAGUCCUGCAACGACUGGCCAGAGCAGCAUAGCCAAAUGGGGCACACCCGCCCAUCUGCCACCCAAGCCGCCACCGCCCGUGUCAAUGCAGCCACCGAAGGGCUUGCCCUACCCGCCGAUGAGGAUGGGGAACGGGGUGCAGGCUGGCGGGCAAACCGGCACGGGCUUCCCGGCAAAUGGUCUCGCGAUGGUGAAUGCGAUGAAAGGGGGUGGUGUCGUGAGUGGCAACGGGUCGAAGUAG